AUGGAUUCACAGAAUGAAUUGUUGAAAAGCAGUGUCGAAGAGUUAGAUUUGUUGAGGGGGGCAGGUUCGUUUAGGGUUUCUGCGAAAAGGGAUCUAAAUCAGAAGGUUUCAAACCAGGAGGGCAGUUUCCAGGAACAAGCGAAGAAACUGAGUGAGAUUCUGGGGCUCAACACAGCCAGAAGAUUGGAUUCGAAUGUGGAAGCGCAAGGAGAAAAGGCGGAGAUUGGAAAAGCGUGGAGCAAUUUUGAUGUCAAGAAAUUGCGUAAAGGUGGAGUUCCGUUGGAUUAUGUCGAGCCAGUAGAAUCUGAGGGCAGACUGGUGGCGAUGGUUCAACAGCCGGAAGGGAAUGUGUUAGAUAUGGAUUCUGAGGAAAUUGAGGAUAUAGGGAUGACACAUGAAAGUGAUAAGGGCAAGCAGCCUACGGGGAUGAAUGAACAAGGGUCUCAGGAGUGCAAUGCUAGGUGUGGUAAUCCUCUUGACCCUGGUAUAUGA